AUUUUGUAAAAUACAAUAUAAAAACAAUUUAGAAACUAAAAUUGUUUAAAAAAUGUUAAAUAAUUUAAGUUUAUUUAAUUGAGAAUAAAAUGAAAACAAGAAGAAACGACAUCGUUUUAGAAGGAAAGGCAGUUGAAAACGGUUGAGAAACCGUUAGCGCCACGAAACCGAAGUCGCAUAACUAACCAUCUUCACCCUGACCGUACCAAAAAGAAGAGAAAAGAAAAGAAGAGAAAAGAAAGGAAAUGGAAAUGGAAAUUAAAUAAGAGCUAAAGAAAUUUGAUGAGGUUCUCGGGAAUUGCCUCCGACACAAGCUCCGAAUGCCACUCUUUCUUCAAAAAAGCCAAACCCUAAGUCUCUCCUCCUUCAACCUCUCUCUCAUCAUCCCCAUGCCGUGUUCUUCUUUCCUAAGCAUCUCUCUCCCUUUUUCCCUUUUCUUCUUCACAUUUUAAGCAACCCCCCCAUAUUAUAUUAAUAUAUUUCAUCCCCUUUUCCCAUUCUCCCCUCUCAUCCCCUAAUUGAUUCCCAUUCCAUGGCUGUCGACGGCGUUUGUACACUUGACGUUGUUGACUUUCCUCCGCCGACGUCAACGACGACGGCCGAGAAGCAUCGUAGAUCCUUCUCCUUGCUUUCAUCUCCUUUGAUGAUUGUUGGUCUCUCCAGGAAGAAUGUUUUGUAUCGCCAGCUUCCUCAUCAACCUCUCAUGCUCUCUGUUCUUAAAUUGGACGGCUCUUGUUUCGAUAUUCAAGUUAGGAGAUCGGCUACUGUAGCUGAAUUGAAGGGGGCCGUGGAGUUGGUCUUCAGUCACAUGCCACAGAAUGGACCGGGAAAGAUUUCAUGGCUCCAUGUGUGGUGGCAUUUCUGCUUAUGCUAUGAUGGUCAAAAGUUAAUUGAUGAUGCUGACUACAUUGCAAGUUUUGGCAUUAAGGAUGGUGAUCAGCUUCAAUUUGUCCGGCAUGUCACAACUGGCUACAAUGUUAUAAGAAAGCAAUCAAAGAAACGUGAAGUUUCCUCAAAACUGAUCAGUAGGAUAUCAUCUCGAUCAAAAAGCUUCAAGCAAAAUGAUCAGAAAGAUAUGGAAAGAUACAACUACAAAUACAAUGACAUAGAAAGUGGAAGGUGUCAACAUAACGGCAACGAUGAUCUCUUCGUGAACCAGCCAAAGAUGGUAGUGUUUUUAGGAGGAUGGUUCUCUCACACCAAGCUAGCAUCUGCAGGAAAGAUGAGCAUCAAGAGCCUGGUACGUCCAUCGGUAACUCGCCCUAGCCUGGUGGGUGGUUUAAAGAAUUUAAUACAAUUAUGCCGCGAAAAACGACAUUAUGAAAAAGUGAAUAAAAAGAAGAGAUCCAUCAUAGGAGUCUGAGUAGUUUAGGAAUGAUUGAGUUAGUCUAUACUCUUAUAAUAAAUAUAUAUGCAUUCUUCCUUCAUAAUCCUUUAUAUAUUAAAUAAUAAGGUGUUAGACUACCAGAAUUCAUAAUCGUAGUUAGUUGGUGAUUAUUGUUUUUGUGGUUAAUGACAAUAAUGGUAGGUAAUUACGAAAUUAUACAUUGAUAUAGAAGCUAAGUUGUAUCAAAAUACCUUACCAUUCCUAUAGAGAAAUCAACUACUUGUACCUUACGGACAUAACUCUAUAUAGUAAUUUUGUCUUUCCAUUUGUCA